AUGGGUGGCGGAAGGAGCUAUCUCGUAAACUGGACACGAGGUGGUGAACGCACUGAUGGGAAAAACAUCGACCUCGAAUGGAGCAAGUUGGGCGGUGCCAGACGAGUGCUAACUGACACCCUCUCCUUGCAAGAGCUUAAAGCAAGUGACGAGAAGUUGUUAGGUAUAUUUGCCCCCUCGCACUUUCCCAUGUAUCUCCAAGAACAAUUGGAAGGGAAGAAAACAGUUCCUCGAUUAUCGGAAAUGACAGUGAAGGCGAUCGAACAAUUACAACAAAGCGAGGAAGGUUUUUUCCUCAUGGUGGAAGGCGGCAACAUCGACAUAGCAGAGCAUGACAGCCAUAUGCACCUUGCCUUCGGAGAAGUGUACGAGUUUGAAGAAGCCAUUCGAAAGGUUUGUUUUGGAAGUUGA